GGCUCGACGGCCUGGCGCGCUCGCGCCGAGCGUCUAGAUGGCACGGCCGCAAGUGGAAACGGUAUCGACACCCAGACGCGAAGUAGAAUCGCGGGGAAGUCUCCAGAAGCAGCCUCUAAAGUCUCGUCCCGUGACAAGUGGUAUCAGAGCCAGGUUUGACAGCCUAGUUACGUGGAGGAGGAUUGUGACGAUGGCAAGCCAGGGGGCGGAAGCUAGCCAAGUUGGAGAGGUUCCAGAGGAUAGGGCCUAUGAGGGGAGGUUGGUCAAGGUCGAGCUAGCCAUGGGUGAUGUCCAUGAGCAGCUAGACACUCUUGAUUCUCGGAUGGAGGAGCAGGAGGACAGGGGCAGCAGUGUCGAAGAGCUUGAAGGCAAGCUCCAAGGUACCCUUAAUUCGGUUGUUGCUGACAUGCAUAAGGCCAUGGAGGAGUUUCGCAGGUCCAUUGCAGCAAAGGUGAGCGCACUGAAGGUGGAGCUCAGUGAGGUCAAGGGGGACCUAGUCUUGUGCAAGGCCGCCAUGGCCGCUGGUGUUGCAGCUGGCAGUGCGCCCAGUGUGGCACCCAAGCUGAAAGUGCCUGAGCCGCCCAAAUAUGGAGGUAAGCGCGACUUUAAAGAACUUGAUAAUUUCUUAUGGAUGGUUGAAAGCUAUUUAGAUGCUAUGAAUAUUUCUGAUGAUUCUACGAAAAGUCGUAUGGCAACCAUGUAUUUUGAGCAUGAUGCCACCUUGUGGUGGAGAUGCCGACAUGCUGAGAUGCAACGAGGCUUAUGCAACAUCAACACUUGGGAGGUGUUCAAGGGGGAGUUCCGUAAGCAAUUCUACCCCAAGAAUGCUAAAGAGGCGGCCAUGAAGAAGCUUCGUGUGCUUAAACAUACGGGGUUGAUCAAGGACUACAUCAGGGAGUACAACUCCUUAAUGCUUGAGAUCCCUAAUAUGGUUGCGAAGAAUCGGCUCCUCUACUUCAUGGAUGGACUGCAGCGGUGGGCUGAGCAAGAGCUGAAGUGCCGUGGUGUUCAAGACCUUACGUCAGCCAUAGCGGUUGUCGAAUCACUUAUCGAGUUCAGCAAGGAACCUCCUAAGAGAGGCAAGGACAAGAAGGGUAGCUCGAGCAAAAGUGGUGGAGACAAAUCGCACAAGGCCUUCAAGCCUUUCAAGGGCCCAGAAAAGGUAGGUGAUGGCGGCAAGAUGCCACCCAAGGUGAGGCGGGAUUGCUACCUAUGCGGCGGUCCGCACUGUGCAAGGGAGUGCCCACAGCGGAACAAGCUUAACGCCAUCAUCUCAGCGAUUGGGGAGCCAUCCCAAGUGGGGGAGACGCAGUUGGGAGCAAUGCAAGUUCUCAACGCCAUACGGGUUAAGGUGCAGAGUGGGGGUGACGCUAAGGUUCGUGCUGUGGUUGAACAGAAGGGUGUCGGCAAAACCCUCAAAUAUGUUACUGUCAAGAUCAAAGGGGUAAGCGUCCGUGCUCUAUUGGAUAGUGGCGCUAACCAAAAUUUGAUUGCAGUAAGUCUUGCGGAGAAGCUGGGUCUACCAUACAACAAGGAACCAGGAUGGGUGAAGGUGGUCGACAAUCCUUCUCAGCCCAUUUAUGGCGUUGCACGCGAAGAGCCCGUGCAGAUAGGUUCAUGGUCGAGGAAGGUUGACUUGAACAUCAUAACCAUGAGCGACUUCAAGCUGGUGUUGGGUGGUGAGUUUAUCGACCAGCUGUUGCCUUUCACCUUCACCAAAGAUGGCUGCAUACGCUUUGAGGACGGGAACGAGAGUCACAAGGUGCCCCUAGAGCGGCUACCCGCUGGAGACCGCGUCCUCUCGGCUAUACAAGUAUCAAGAGGCAUCAAAAGAGGUGAGGACACUUACCUAGCUGCUUUAAAGGAAUAUAGUACCUCAUCUCUUGAUGUCCCACAGGAAGUUCACGGCAUUCUCCACGAGUUCGAAGAUGUGAUGCCCCCGGAGUUGCCAAAGAAACUUCCACCACAGAGGGAGGUCGACCAUGCCAUUGAACUGGAUCCUGGCUCAAAGCCGCCAGCAAUGGGUCUAUACCGCAUGGCUCCACCUGAGUUGGAGGAACUCUGGAAGCAACUCAAAGAGCUACUAGAUGCGGGGUUCAUCCGUCCCUCCAAAGCACCCUAUGGAGCGCCAAUGCUAUUCCAGAAGAAGCAUGAUAAGACCCUCCGCAUGUGCAUCGACUACCGGGCGCUCAACAAGAUCACAGUGAAGAACAAAUACCCCAUUCCUUUGAUUGACGACCUGUUUGACAAGCAUGGGAAGGCACGAUGGUUCACCAAGCUCGACUUGAGGUCGGGGUAUUGGCAAGUGAGAAUAGCCGAAGGGGACAAGGCCAAGACCACUUGUGUGACGUGUUACGGUGCAUACGAGUUCCUGGUGAUGCCUUUCAGCCUCACAAAUGCUCCAGCUACUUUCUGCACCUUGAUGAACAAAGUCUUCCACCCAUUCCUUAACAAAUUCGUGGUGGCAUACUUGGACGACAUUGUUGUCUACAGGGAGACGCUGGAAGAGCAUGUGCAGCAUCUUCGACAAGUUCCCCAAGUGUUGCGCGAGAAUGAGCUCUAUGUGAAACAGGAGAAGUGCUCAUUUGCGCAGCAGGAGGUGAUGUUCCUAGGCCAUCGGGUAGGCCAUGGGAAGACAUCAAUGGACUCGGCCAAGGCCACACCCUUGACAAACUUACUUAAGAAGAAGGUCUCGUGGGAGUGGACAACGAAGUGUCAACGAGCCUUUGAGGACUUGAAGCAAGCGGUGAACCAAGAACCAGUGCUCGCACUGCCCGACUAUGGGAGGCCUUUUGAGAUGCACACUGAUGCGUCAGACUUGGCGAUCGGAGGAGUCUUGAUGCAAGAUGGCCAUCCCAUAGUGUUUGAGAGCCACAAGCUCAAUGACACGGAGAGGCGGUACCCGGUGCAUGACAAGGAGAUGACUGCCAUCGUCCAUUGCUUACGGGUAUGGCGUCAUUACUUGCUUGGGAGCAGGUUCGUGAUCAAGACUGAUAAUGUAGCUACGAGCUACUUCCAAAGGCAGAAGAAACUCACACCCAAGCAAGCAAGAUGGCAAGACAUCUUGGCUGAAUUCGACUAUGUGAUGGAGUACAAGCCUGGGUGGGCUAACGUUGUGGCAAACGCGCUGAGUCGCAAGGCUAUGUUCACCUCCAUCAGUCGACAUGAGAGUGACAUACUGGAUCGUGUCAAGGAGGGCCUAGCACAUGAUCCCUUCGCCAAGAGUCUUAUGGAGCUGGCUCGUUUGUCCCUAGAACGCCCAUGGGAGUGCGUCACCAUGGACUUCAUCUCAGCUCUCCCACAAUCUGAAGGGUGCAGGUCUAUACUGGUCGUAGUUGAUCGAUUCUCGAAGUAUAGAACCUUCAUCCUAGCCCCAUGGGAUUGCAAGGCAGAGGAAGCAGCAUGCUUAUUUGUCAAGCAUGUGGUGAAGUAUUGGGGGCUUCCUCGCAUCAUCAUUAGCGAUCGGGAUCUGAGGUUCACGGGGAAGUUUUGGAGGGAACUCUCCAAGCUCAUGGGAUCAGACCUCCACUUCUCCAUGAGCUUUCAUCCGCAGACAGAUGGGCAAACGAAGCAGCAGAGUGAGGCCACCCAACAAAGCCCCUUCAAGAUUGUGAUAGGCCAACAACCGUUGCCACCUCACUAUGUGACGCGAGGCUAUACUAGUGCAAGUCCUGCUACAUACAACUGGGCAAAAGAUUGGCAGGAGCAGUUGGAUGUGGCUAAAGUUUACUUGGAUAAGGCCUCCAAAAAGAUGAAGAAGUGGGUAGACAAAGAGCGACGGCUACUGGAAUUCCGAGUGGGCGACCUUGUGAUGGUGAAGCUACCAGCCCAACAGUUUAAAGCCUAUCGACAAGUCCACAAGGGGCUGCUGAAGAUACACCCGGUAUUCCAUGUGAGCAUGCUCAAGCCAUUCCAUGGAGACCAUGAGGAUCUAGCACAAGGAGUGUCACAACGAGCACCACCAGCAACAAUAACCUCGUAUGACAAGCAAGUGAGUGAGAUCUUAGCUGAUCGGGUUAUUCGACAAUGGGGAGUUCCCAACCACACAGAGUACCUAGUCAAGUGGAAGGAUCAACUUGAUGACGAGGCCAGUUGGGAACACGAGGAGAACUUGUGGCAGUUCUCAAGCGCCAUCAAGGCCUACAAGACCAAGAAGCUUGACGAAGGCAUCAAGAGCUUUGGUGGGGGAGAGUGUUACGGACCAUGAGCUCGGACGCCCAAGAGAAGGGUCCCAGCACCAAGGUCGCGAUGCAAUGUCGCGGGCUC